UCGGGCCGUUCUGGCCCACGUCGACGUAUAAAAGAGCGAGGGUGUGCGCCGUCAUCACCAAGCUCAUUUGCUUUCUCCGAGCUCCACGACAAGGGUGCUGGCUGCCCUAGUUUUUUUCGUAACGACUCACGACCUUUCCGCCUCACGCAACUGUACUUUCCUUCCUAACCGAGCACAACAUGCGUUACUCCACGCUCGCGCAAGCCGCAAUCAUCGCAGCAGUCGCUGCGCCCGCACUUGCCCGUCCGGUCGAGAUCCGCUCUUUCGAGCCCGAGGACGCAGUUCUCAUCGAGCGUGAACUCCUGACUGACGUCGCGGCGCGGGCUGAUUACAGCGAUCUCGUCGCUCGCGCCCAUCAGAGGCGAGAGCCCCCGAGCCGCCCUCGUCCUCCUCCUAUAAACCCCCGGCCCCGCCCUCGUCCCAACCCGCCCCCAGCCCCGCCGAACACCCCUACGCGGCGCCCCCGCGAGGACGUGGAAAUGCUGUACGAGCGGGAGUUCGUCGACGAGCUCGUCGCUCGCGACCAUGAGAGGAAGUUGCCCCCGCGUCUCCCCAGCCACCCUCCUCUUCGACUUGCCAGUCCACGCCCCCGGCCUAACCCGCCGGCCCUUCCACUCUCGACUCCGCAGCGCCGGCCGUACCGGCGCGCGGACGACGACUUCGAGCUCUUCGCUCGGGGCGACUUGUCCGACGCGGAUGGCGAGCUGUUCGAGCGCGCGCUCGAGCUCGACGAGCUCGACUAAGCGACGAUCCAGUCUCGGAUGGUGUGGGAUGGGAUUGUAACGGUGUGCUAGGUUAGGUAGUUAUAAUUGCGUAUGUACGCUGUAUGUGGUCACUACUGUGUACCGAUGGCGAAAUGCUAGUGUGUUGUCAUGAA